AACAAAUCUUGUGACAGCUUAAAUAUACAAUCAUAAUUAGCUUGCUUCACGCGUCGAUUAUAGCGGAGGUCGGUUGCAAGUGGCAAACCUUUCCAAAUUACCAAAAAACAAACCUUUCCCUUUUUCCUCCUACUUUCCUUCUUCUUAUCUUCCCCACCUAUAUAAUCCUCCCAAUUUCUGCUCUAUUCUUAUCAUCUUCACAAAUUUUGUCAAUUUAUAGCUGACCACUCAAUCUCACAACCCUCCAUUCAAUAUUUUUUGUGUGUUGCUUUUUUCCCCUCUUUUUUUUUUUUGUUUUAUCAGAUUUUCUUCUUCAGAUAGAAGAAAAAAAUUGCAUUUUUCUUCCCAAUCCCUCCAAUUUUCAUUGGGUUGGAGCUUGAAGAAAGAAAGAAAGAAAGAAAGGAAGCCCCUGUUUUUGUGUGUCAGCAAAGACAAGUUAAAGGAGGAACAAAAAUUCUUCUGUUUUUAAGCAGAAUUGGUGGUGUUUUAUUUUUCCUGGGAAAUUCUUCUUCUUUUUUGCAGAAGAAUUAUUAUCAUAUCAUUGUAAAGUUUGAAUCUUUUUUCAUGCUUUCUUCUCCAUCUUCUCCUUUCUUGUCAUUGAAAAUUUUCUCCAGAUUUGAUUCUAAGCUUUUGUUUGUAUUUGAAAGAUCAUUUGGCAUAAGCUAACAUUAGGCCAAAAAAACCCAAAAUUCCCCCCCACACAAUAGAGCUUUAGAAUUGCUUAACAUUUAGGAUUAUUAUUCCCUUUUCAUUUUGUGUCAAAAUAUAAAUUAUGGGCACGGAGGUAUUGAGACCACAAGAUUUCUGGGCCGAUAGAACAACAUUCCGGCUAUCUGCUCCUCCUCCGGCGGCAUUUCAUCGCCGGAAAACCCACAACCCGAAUACCAGACAUCACCGGAAACCAUCGGUGCCCCGUGCAGAACGGCCUGAUCAUCAUCAAAGAAGAAAGUCUCCAUCUCCGUCUCCUUCUCCAUCUCCAUCUCCACCACCAACUCCACAACCGCAACAGAAACGGGAGCUUAUCAUCCCACCACCACCAUCUCCGGUUCCGAUUCCGAGGAGGUCUCCGAGCGCCGAUGAACUGCAAGCCCAUUACAUUUACAGCAACCAUUACCGCCACAAUCACAAAUUCGGAGCUCCAACCCAGAUGGGACGGGUCAGGAUAUUGAGAAGAGGCCAAUCUUUGGACACAAUUGAUGCCACAAGAAUGAAAAGGGAUAUGAACAGCAUAGCUAGAGGCGGGCUAAUUAAGAAAAAUUACUUGGAAGAGGACGAUGUUUACGCCGGAUCGGCGUUUUUUGCUUCGCCGUCUCCGAGCUCACUUCCCCUGCCUUCAUUUUUCAACAACAACAACAACAACAACAACAACCAGAAGAAGAAAAUCAUUCACAACACCAUGGGAAAUGAUGUUGAGAUUCAUGAUUCUGCUACAAGGGAUUUGAGGCGUUUGCUUCGUCUCGAUUAAGAAAAAAAGAAGUAAGCUUUUGCUCUGCCACCAUCCAAAUCCCAUGCUUAGUUAUUGAAAAUUACAGCUACCUGGUACUGCUACUGCUACUAUUACUACAUUAUAUUAUUUUGGUUAAGAAAAAUAGCCAUAAGGGCCAUCUUCUGGUUAAGGUUUUUUCUCCUUUUUCUGGAUCCGGAAUUUCUCCAUAUCAAUUUUUUGGGUAUAUGGAGAGAUUAUAGAGGUCUGAAAAAUAGAGAGAAUGGGUUAAUGGGAUUUUUUUUAGAAAUUUUUUCUUACUUUUGUCUAGCUAUAUAGUUUAGCUAUAAAAUUUGAUGUGGAGGGAGGUGUGUUUUGGCUCCCAUUUGUGGGCUAAAGCUUCAUAUAUAUUACUAUUUGCCUCCAAGAAAAAUGAUCAGAAAAACACCAAGAGAAAAAAAAAAGGAAUCUUUACUGGUUUUGUUCUAUGUAAUAGAGUGGGUUUAAUCAGUGUAGCCAUGGGAGUAUUGUAAUAUAUAUCUGGUUACUCCCUAAAUUUGUACUGUUAGGUUUAAGCAUGGGAGAAAGAAACAGAAGAUGGUUAGGUAUAUAUGGUGUGGAAUUUGCUCCAUCUGCAGCAGCAGAAGUUAUUGUUAUUGAUGUUGUUGAUGUAAAUUUAUAUAACUCAUCUCAGUGAUCAUAAAUAGAAGAACCAUUAUAUUUUGAGUGAGCAUAUGCAGAUCUUGUUGAGCAGCUCUAUCUUAUCGUUUUAUUUCUGUUCUGACUUUACUUAUCGAAGUUCUAGUUUGGGUGCUAUCAUCAUUUCUGGUUUGUCACAAACUCUGUUUUGAGGAACCCAGAUCCUGAAGAAACCGAAACUACUGUUUGAGCAAAAUUUGGAUGUCAAAAGCAAUCAAAAUCUCAUCCUUAGAACCAAAUUUCACUCAAAACUAAGUUCUAUUGUGUUUGAAUCGAUGAAAACUUUACAUAAGGAGCCAAAUCUAAGGCCUGCAACAUUCACUCAGAUAUAGGCUAGCAAGAUUCAACAUUAAGGAUCAAAUAAAUUAAUAAAUACAUUUAAGUUUAUGGAUAUAGACAACAACUAAGCACACAUGGGUGGACCGAUCGUCUUCUUCUUGUAGACCAUUUGAUGCUUGUUCUCUGCAUUUCUGGAACUCAGAUUUGAAAAUGGAAAUUGAAGCACCUCAGCUUACAGAAGUGGAGCAUCAGAGUAAAAGGGUCAUCCCCAAACUGGCAAUUAUUCUUCACAGAAUUGAAGAAG